AUGAAUGUGAACAACGAUAAUAAUCAACAAUCAAAGAUAAAAUGUCAUGGUAAUCGAAGAGAUCAACGUUUUCGACGAAAAUGUCGUAAACGUGGAAUGGAACCAACAGAAAUAAAAAAAUUACUUGAACGUAAUCAAUCGAAACAGUCGACAACAACAGCAACAACACUUUUGAAUAAACGUAAACGAAAUAUAUCACUUCAAGAAUUAAAAGCAAAGUCAGUUGUACCAAAAUCAAUAAGUUCAAUAUCUAUACUUCAACCAUCAUCGAAAAAGGCGAAGCAACAGAUAGAAACAACAACAACGCCACAUUUAAAUAAACGUAAACGAAACAUAUCACUUCAAGAAUUAAAGGCAAAUUCAGUAGUUCCAAAAUCAACAAGUUCAAUAUCAAUACUUCAAUCAGCAUCGAAAAAGACAAAACAACAGACAACAACAACAACAAUGCCAAUGAUACAAGAAAACAAUAAUAAUAUUCUAAAUUACAUAUAUCGACGACCAAUGUAUUUAGAACGAUCAUCUUGGAUACUUUUUCAAACAUUAAGUAAAAGAUUAAAUUAUUCAUUAAAUGAUCAACAUAAACAAUAUAUUUAUACACGAUUAACGAUAUUAGAUCAUAUAUAUUGUUUGGAAGUUCAUUUACAAUUAUGUAAAUCAUUUUUAGAGAUUGGUCGUACAGAGCAUCAUUGGCCGGAAGAAGUUCAACUGUUAUCAAAAACAGAUGAUUUUGAACUGUGUAAUCAAUAUUUUACGAAUUAUAUAGAGCAAUUAAACGAACAAAUAAAUCAAUAUCAAACAGAACUUACAACUCAACUUAGUUCGUAUUCAAUGAUACCUAUAUCAGUCAAUCAAGUUGAUACUUGUUUAAAAGAAUAUGUCAAUCAUCAACGACAAUAUUUAUUAACAAGAAAUAAUAAACAACUAGCUAAAUUUCAAGAUGAGAUUCAAGCAAAUAAAUUAUAUGAAACGAUUAUGACUUUCUAUCCAAAUUUAAAUCCAGAACAAUUCAUUCAUCAGUUAAUUACUAUACGAGAGAAGCAAUUACAAAUUUUGGAGGAACUUCUUCAGUUUGAAAUGCGGAUUCUUUAUAAAUUUUUACCGCCUGAGCUUGAUCAACUAGAAAAUGUAGUUGCACCUAUUACUUAUAUACCGUUGAAUAAUGAACAUAAAACUAUUGAAUUGAAUAAUAAACGUUAUAAAAUGAUACAAGAUGCAAAACGUCAAUGGUUACAUAUUUCUUUAUCUGUAUAUGAAACUAAAUUACAAGAAUACAAUCAUCAAUUAGAAUCGAUAUUAUUAAAUAAUACAAGUCUUCAAGGUACAUCUUUAUUAAAUGAUAUUAGUCGAUAUGUAACAUAUCGAACCAAUGAAAUGAAACAAUCCUUAUCAAGCAAAAUGUCUAUUUUCCGUAAUAAAUUAAUUCAACAUCGUAAGCAAGUAACAUCGAAAAAUAAUUUUAUUGGUGUAUCACCCGAACCAUAUCUCGAUUUAAUAUCAAAUCCAUUUAAUAAACGUGAAUGGCAAUAUCUUUCACUUGGUCCAUCAUAUAUACGAACAAAUCAAAGUGCAAUUCGUCCUCGAAAACAACAAGAAAUCGAAAUUAAAAGUGAACAUACAGACAUUUUUACUAAAGUCCAAAAUAACCUAACAGAAUAUCAUCAUGUACCGAGAAAGCAUGUAAUUUUUGAAAAAUAUGCAAAUCAACUUCUUAAUUAUUUGAACAGUUGUUAUUUUACUCCCUUACCAUACAAAGAUCACAUUGAAGCUCAAGAACAAUCACAAACGACUGCAUCGAUUCGACAAAAAAUUAAACAAUUCAAGCUUAUUAUUCGUGUUACAGAUAAAAGUAAUAAUUUUUACAUUGGUUCAGCUAUUGAAUUUGAAAAAAAAGUUCAGCAGUACUUUAUGGAUACAAAUGCUUUUACAGUAAUAGAAGAAAAUCCAUUACCUGAAAUUUUAAACAAAGUUACGCAAUUACUGAAUAAUCUUCGAUCAAAGAAAUUUAUCUGGGUAUGGCAAUAUAACGAGAUGAUACCUGAUCGAAAAACAACUGAAUUAGCUCAUUUAUAUUUCAAUCCCAAAACACACAAGGAUGGUAUUCCACUUCGACCCAUUGAAAAUACAAUUCGUGCACCGACAACUAAUAUUUCCAAAUUUUUAGAUAAAAUUCUUCGGCCAAUAUUCGAUGAUAAAUGUAAGAAAACAACAAUUAUUGAUGGUGCUCAUCUAAUUUGUGCUAUGAACACAUAUGCAAACAAAGGUCCAAUGAAACCAUCAACACUUUUUUGUACAUUUGAUAUUCGUAAUUUAUAUACAAUGUUACCUCAAGAAGAAGCAUUAAAUAUUCUUGUGGAAUUCCUUCAUAUGCAUGGUUAUAGAAAAGUGAAAGGAAUUCCUCUGGAUUCGAUUCGAAAAUUGGCUUCUAUUGUAUUAAAAGAGAAUUUUUUCGUUUAUGACAAUAAAUUCUACCAACAAACUACAGGUGGUGCCAUGGGUUCAUCAUUUACAUUAACAUUAGCUAAUAUAUUUAUGUGGAAAUGGCAAAGAGAAUUAGUUCAUCGUCAAGAUAUUAGCGGUGAAUUCUUUGGGAGAUACAUCGAUGAUAUUUUUAUGACAUGGAAUAGUUCAGAAGACGAAUUGAAGAUAUUAUUAAGCGAAGCAAAUCAAUGGCAUCCAAAUAUUAAAUUAGAUUAUAAAAUUAGUCAAAGUCUACCAUUUCUUGAUGUACUUCUUACAAAUAAUCAUGGUGUUCUUACAACAUCAGUUUAUCAUAAACCAAAUGCUGAACCAUAUGUUGUACCAUUUAGUUCGGAUCAUCCUCGACAUGUAUUUGUUAAUAUUGUACAAACACUUCUUAAAAGAGCUGUCCGAUAUUCAUCAGCAUUUGAAAUAUUAAAUUAUGAACGACGUUCUAUCAAGUUAAUGUUAUUAUAUAAUGGUUAUCCUUCGUCUUUUAUUGAUCAACAAUUUCAUAAAUUUUUUAAUGAAUUUAUUUAUGCAACAUCAAUUUUAUCAUUUAUUGAAAAUGAACAACAAUAUAUUCUCUUACGCCACGAAAUAGUUGGUCAACCAACACCUCAACAAUCACAGACAGCAUUAAGAGCGACUACAGCUGAUGUUGAUAAUGAUCAAACUGAUGUUACUGCAGAAACCACAUCUCGAGAAUCGAUCACAACGAUUCAUAAAAAGCCAAUCAACUAUGCAGAUCGAUUAUUCCUUCACUAUAAACAUGAAAAACGAUUCCAACCAUUUAAAAGAAACAUGCAUAAAAUCUAUCAAAACGUCUUCAAAAAUACACCAGCUAUGGAUCUUCGAUUAAUUGUAGGUAAUCGUAAUCGGCGUGAUGCAAAAAAUGAACUUAUACGAAAACGACCAAAACGAUCAUUACUACAAUGUAAACAAAUACGAACUAAAUACCAGAAAAUGUUAGGUAAACUAUUAUCUUAA